AUCUUCUGAAUUUAGCUCCGUGGUCAUAGCCCAUGUGAUACUGUUCUUUUAAUUCAUCUAAUUCUACUCUCAUAACCUUAAAAUCAAGUGAGCUUCGCUUUCGACUCUUCUCAAGGCUCAGCAAUAAUACUCAACGUUUAAACAAACUUCAGGAUUAUUUUUUUAAAUAUAUACAAAUCAAGUAACACAGUAAUAAUAAUCAGAAUGGCGAAUAAUACCUGUAUCGCAUUUUCGCAAGACGGACAAUAUUUUGUUCAUUGUGGAAUAGAUGGAACAUUCAAGAUUUGGGAAACAAAAACGAAUAAACUCAAGGAAGAAUGUAUACCGAAUGAACAUCUUAAAUCGCCAUGCAAUGUAUUAUUCUGGAUUUCUGUAAAUAUUCAGACAACAAAUGCAACGCGCUCACUAAGAAGUAAACGUGCAAAGAAAAUGAUUGUUGAAGAGACUGGACAACAAAAAGAAAUCAUUGUUAUGGGAUCUGUAAAUGGAAUGAUCAUUUUAUAUGAUGUUGCUGCUGCUGCUGUUUAUGGUCAAUUAGAAAAUGGUCAUUCUUCUUGUAUAACAGCUAUAACUUGGUCAACAAAUAGUGGUUUGUUCACAGCUGCUGACGAUCAUUGUAUAAUUCAAUGGAAUAUUCAUGAAAAUGAAAUUAAAUCUAAAUGGAAAUGUGGCAAGGCAAAAGUCACUGCUUUAGCAGUAACGAAAGAUGGAAAAUCAGUGAUCUCAGCCGAUAGAAUAAUCAAAUGGUGGGAUUUAUCUACUAAGAAAAUAAUUAAGACUUUUAUUGGUCAUGCUGGUCAAGUUAAUUCUUUAAAUGCAAUAACAGUCAACGAAAAUAACAAUUAUUUAAUCAGUGGAGCAAAUGAAGAUACAUGUCUGAGUAUAUGGGCUUUAGAUGAGACGAAGAAUGAUGACAGUUCCGUAGCUUCAUUAGCUAUGAAAGAUGAAGCUUCCUUUGUUUCUGCCCACGUGAAUGAAGAGUCUCAAGUGAUUGUAUCAGCUACUACUAAAUCAGGACAAGUACACAUUUUUAAAUGUGAACCCAAUGGAAGUUUCAAACCUUUUAAACCAAAGCUAAAGAUUGCAGUUACUUCUUAUGAAAAUGAAAAAGAAACUGUACAACAAAUUCCCAUUAUUAUGGCCAAAUUGAUAGAAAAUGAACAUUUAUUAUUGGCAUAUGGUUCUUUUGUUAAUCCGAUAUUUGAAAUAAUUAUACCAGAUUAUUCGAAUAAGAUGCAGUAUUUAAUACGUUCAGAAGUUAAAAAGACUAAAGAAAAGAAAGAUGAGUCAGUUGCAAAAGUAAAAGUGGAGAAUAAUGUUGAAUAUCUUUCUCCAGGAAUAGGAAAUACGAUGAUUAAAAGACAUAGGACAAGUUCUGCUAGCUCUCAAUUGCCUUUAAGAGAUAGAUUAGAAAGUCUUAGUUUAAAUGUUGACACUAAUACUACAAAUAGAACUCCUUCUAAGGGAACUAAUAUGACGCAGCUAUUAAUGCAAGGAUUAAACAACAAAGAUAGAACCAUUUUAAAUAAGGUACUAUUUACAGCAAAUGAAAGAACAAUUAGAAACACUGUUGCUAAAUUACCAGUUCAAGCAAUAACACCAUUGAUUGAAGAAUUAUCUAUCAUGUUACGAGGAAAAAUGUAUUCAAGUAUGAUAGCUUCUAUUUGGUUGGAAGUAUUGAUAACAACAUACUCAACACAUCUUUUGUCACAUCCAAAUAUCGACGAAACGUUAAGUCCUAUCUUAGGUUUGAUUGAUGAAAAGUUAAUGUUAUUAACUGAGGUAUCUAAAUUACGAGGACGUGUUUCACUUUUAACAGAACAAAUAUCCAAAAACCACGAUGAUCAAGACACGUUAAAUGAUUCUUUAAUUGUCUAUCAAGAUGUUGAUUCAUCUGAGGAAGGUUCUGCCAUAGUAGAAGAUACCGUAGAAAGCGAAUCAGGUGAAUAUUGGGAAGAAAUGUCGGACCAAGAAGAACAAGAAGAACAAGAAGAGCAAGAAGAUCAAAAUCAAAAUGAUGAUGAAGAUGAAGAUGAAGAUGACAGUAAUAGUAUCGAAUUUAAAGAGGAAGAUGAUAUGAGCAGUUGAAUUUUUAUUAUUAACUUUGUACAAUUAUUUGUGAUUAAUGAUAAAAGUAUAAUUUCACAGAUUA